AAUAAUUAUAUGAAUCCUCGAAUGAUGACCAAUAAUAGAGGAUAACAAACUCAACAAUCAGGACUUAGAAAUGAUUAUUAAAGUGUAGUUUAAGUAAAUUGUAUAAUCAAUCAUUUAAAAGGGAAUAUAAUCAUUGAUGGGAAUUUCAUUUUCAACUAUUUAAUUGUGUAUAUUUGGUUCAAUGUUGAUGGAGAAAACUAAAAAAUUGUUAGAGUUCAUAAAAUCUGGAGCUGUCACUUCAAUUAAUAAACUCUUAACUUUGCUUCGAAUCAAACAAUUUCUAAAAGGAGAACUAACUAUGGUAUAGAUAGGUAAAUCAGUUGUAAAUACAAGUACUAACAUUGGUAAGUAAUGGAUAAUCGCUAUAAGAUUGCUUUUAUUAGUUGGUAAUCUUAAUUUAAAUAUACAGUAAUUUUAUUGAUUGGUGCGUUGUUGACACAUAUGAAAAGAAAAAUCAGAGAAAAACAAUAAAGUGAAGUUGCUUUAAAGUAAUCAGAUGUUCAAGAACCAGAAUCUUAAUAACAAUUAGAUAUAUAGGCUGAUUCAUCUUAAUUACCAAUAUAAUAAAAUGAUUUCUGGAAUCAUGUUGAAGAUAAUCAAUAAAAUCAAGAAUAAUAAACUUAAUUGUAAUAAUAAACUAACCCUGUUCCAACAAUUAAUUAUCUUAAUGAUCUCCCUGGAUUCUCUAACAUUGCUAAUUCAAGUAAACCAUGGAUGAAAUGAU